GUUGUCGUCGUCGACGAUAGCGCUUCGGUUUCGACUUGCUGCGUCGUUUAUACAGCAUUAGAACUCAAUGCGUCAUGCUUGGCGUUCCAGUUUAACUUGCGCGUUCUACCAAGCAUAGUGUGUUUCUUCGUUUCUUCGUAGAAAAGUUCCAAAAAAAUCCGGAAACUAAAACACCCUUCUUUUAACAACCGUAAAGAAAUAGCAAUCUCAUUACGAGUCCUGAAAAUUCCCAUCAAUUCAAAUAAAUAGUUAUCGUUAUUUGUUUUCAUUAAUUUCUUUAUCUUAUGAACCCAUCCACCCCGCCCCCAAGAAGAAAGUGAAUUGUUGUAGAGGUAUCAAGUAUUGGCAAAUCGUAAAAAUUGUGUUAUCGUGAGAAUUUUUAUCGAUAUUUUAAAAAUUAUUGUAGAUAAUAAUUCUGGUGAAAUAUAACGUGAUUUGGGUUGGAUCUAGUAAUCAUUCAAGCUGGGCGACGGUAAAGGAAAACAUCGUAGGGUUAGAAUGGCCGAUGAAGCACAAAGAACUCCUGAGGUUCCUAAGGAAAGUAAAAUCUCGAAACAUAUUACCGUUUCUUUCAAAGUUGUCGAAAUCAUACUAUCCAUCUUUGCGAUCGGUUUAAUAGUCGAUCCCUUAAAUUCCCUUCAAAAGAUUUUUAACAAGCAACGAUUUAAGUUAGACGAUGCAGCCUUCAUUUAUGUCACAGUUGCUGGUUACGUUAUGAUAAAUACGCUUUUUAUUAUAUGCCAUUUGCUUGGAGAUCGAUUGCCAAAAAGAACGAUGAUAUUGUUUGCCUCGUUGGGUGCGAUUCUACACAUAGUUGCUGGUAGCCUAAUCGUUCACAACUGGCGUACCAUCCAAAGGCCCUACUAUACGCUAAAUAACGAAAUAUAUCCGAGCAAACAAUAUAUGGACAUGUUAAUAUCUUCUGCAGUUUUCGUCUUUUUAAAUGCAUUAGCAUUCGUUGCCGAAGUAUUUUUGAUUUUAAAAUAUUCAACUAAGACAUGAGAAACUAAUGAAAGUAUUAUUUUUAAAAUAUAUAAUCGUCAAUAAUUUCUAAGAAAGAUUUCGUAAUUAAAAGGGAAAAAAAAAUGAAUUAUCACCGAGUGUGUUCGUAAAGAAACAAACAAAUGUUCUCAAAAUCAAAUUCAUAUCUUAUUUUUUAAUCGAUUGCAUUUUAUCAAUCAAUAAAAUGAUUAAUUUUUUUUCUUAUUUUUUUUUUUUAAAUAAUAUACAUUUUUGCCGCCUUCGCGAAUAUUGAUAUAAUUUAGAGUUCUCAGAUUUUAAUAAAUAUCUUGAAAAAGAAAAGACAAAAUUAUUGUACAACGCUAAAGUCCAAAGUUUAAAUAAUAUAUCUUGUAAGAAAUCUUAAUGUUACGUAAUUAAUUAAUGCAUAGAAACGUAUAUCUAUAUAUAUAUAUAUAUAAGCAAUGAAUCCGUCCAAAUUUAUUAAGGAUAACAAUGAUAAUUCGUAAAUAAAGCAUUAGAAAUAUUUCUAUAGAUUUAACGAAUAAAUAUUUUCUACGUAUUUUAUACGUAUUAUCUCAAAGAUCAUAUAAAACAUUGAUAUUAGGAAAUUAGAGAGAAAACAAUGUGCUAUCGCUUAUAAUACUUAUAAUAUUUACUAUGUAAUUAUUUAAUAUUAUAUAUCAAAUUAUCUAACACAGCAGCACCUUGACCACUUGUACAAUUUAGUAAUAGACAAUUUAUGUUAAUACACUUAUAUUUUUCACUGACAUGAAUAAAUAUUAUCAA